UGAUACAGGAAAGGAAGGUAGUGGUUCAAACUAUACAUUUGCAUAAGAGUCAGAGUUAUCUUGUUGCUUUUGAGCAGCAGUAUAUUCUGUUAAGAGUUUAUCGGGUUUAUUGGAGAAGAUGGAGUUUGGAUUGAUCUUUUUCUUAUAUUUCUGGGCAGCUGUUGCCAAUGGAAAACAUGCAGAGCUGAAACUGGAGGCAGAUCAGCCGUUUCAGCGUGUCCCUCUAACCGAUGACGCCACAAUCCAAUGCUGCUACCGUUGUAAGGAGAAACUCCAAGCCAGGUGGAUCAUGAAACUUUACACAAAUAAUGGCACCACAGUGAGCAGAUUUGUAAAUCUGACAGAGGAGGAUAAGCCAAGGUCUGGUGCAAAUGGAGUCAUAUGCCAUUCAUUGGUACUGAAGAACGUCCAUAUCAAUGACACAGGCCUGUACAUGUGUUACCUGAAUUACAGCUUUCUUGGCAUUGACAUCUUUACUCAUGGCACCUUCCUCCAAGUCUACAAACCCUUAUACAAGACCCUGAACCUCAGUGAAAAUGCCAAGAACAGCAUCAUUACAGCAGAGGGGGUAUUGCUGCUACUGUGCGUGCUGAUUCCUGGCACCAUGCUCCUCUGUAAGUCAAAGAGGCUGAAUGAACUGGAGGGAAAGAAAAGAAGGGAGGAGGAGAAUAUCUAUGAGGGUCUAAACCUGGAUGACUGCAACUCAACGUACCAUCAAAUUCAACGCUCCCAAAUCCAAGGCCCUUAUCAGGAUGUGGCCAGCUGUGGAGAUGACAUUCAGCUGGAGAAGCCCUAGCUGUAUGCGGAGAGACAGGGAAAAGGACAAUAUUAAACAUGAUAUGCAUAAAGAUGAGAGGACAAAAUUAGGAUAAGUAGGAAGUGAAAUAACAGUUUAGAAGCCAGUGUUUAACUUUCAAUUAGAUUUGUAAUUUCAGCAUUCUGGAAGCCUGCUGUCAGUAUAUGUUUUUGCAUCUGUAUAAGCUUGUUUGUGUUCUGCAGUGGGUGAUAUCAACGUUUUGUGCUCAAGUGUUCUGUUUCUAAAGGAAUUUUCGAUAUGUGUCAGGUUUAAAAUAAAUCAAUUAAAACUGAAAUAAAGCUUACGUGUACAAACAGCA